AAUGAAAGGAAGAGGCGGGCUGGUUGGCGUCCCGGGGGGGUGUAGACCGGCCGCCGCUCGGAUUGGACGGCAUUUGAUCUAGAAAAGGCUAUAAACCAAACUACCUUUGGAAAAUUUCGAAAUAGAAGAGCUCGGUUGUCCAGGAGCCGGGUGGGCGAACAUAGUCGACUCUACGCUGCCACAGCGCAGGGAUUAGACGCUCGUCCCAGUCCCGGUGCAUGUGGAGCGGGUCCGGCCCGACCCGACCCAGCUCGUCCGCCCGCCCGCCCGCUACCGCACAGUCAGUCCCCGCUGCACUCCGCGCCCGCUCGGGAAAUGGCACUGGAUUUCGCUGCCGGGUGCCUGGGAGGAGUUGCUGGUGUACUUGUAGGGCAUCCUUUUGACACUGUCAAGGGGCUGUCAACAUUAACAGCAAAAGUGUACUUUGUGAUGAGAGAUAAGCCUCAUCACAGGAGACCUAGUUCGACUUCAAGUACAGAAUUCCAAUCAGCCUCGUUAUCAUGGCACUAUACAUUGCUUCCGGUCUAUUCUUAAACAGGAAUCUGUUUGGGGUUUUUACAAGGGUAUUGGCUCCCCAAUGAUGGGUCUGACCUUUAUCAAUGCCAUCGUCUUUGGUGUGCAAGGGAAUGCAAUGCGUCACUUGGGACGGGAUACGCCUCUGAACCAGUUCCUGGCUGGGGCGGCAGCUGGGGGCAUCCAGUGUGUUAUCUGUUGCCCCAUGGAGCUGGCAAAGACUAGGAUGCAACUUCAAGGCAUGGGUGAAUAUCAGGUCAAAAGUAGAGUCUACAAGAAUUCGCUGGACUGCUUGGUGAGAAUCUACAGAAAGCACGGCAUCCGUGGAAUCAACAAAGGCAUGGUGACCACCAUUGUUCGAGAGUUGCCUGGAUUUGGCUUUUACUUCCUCACAUACGAUUGUCUGACCAGGGCCUUAAACUGCGAACUUGAUGAUAGCUUUAUAAUUCCUAAACUCCUGUUUGCCGGUGGCAUGUCCGGGAUUGUGUCCUGGCUUUCCACCUACCCGGUCGACGUAAUAAAGUCCCGGCUGCAGGCUGACGGAGUGGGAGGGAUAAACCAGUACAGUGGCAUCAUGGACUGUGUCCGGCAGAGUUACAGGAAGGAGGGAUUGCAGGUGUUUGCACGGGGUCUCACCUCCACCCUCCUCCGAGCCUUCCCCGUCAAUGCGGCCACCUUUGCCACUGUCACGAUGUUCCUCAUGUACUCACGGGCUGAUGAGGCCUGCAAGCCGCAAGAGGCUGCCCCAACAAUCCAGCAGCCUUCCAGCCUCUAAAGCCAGCGUUGUCUCCCUGUUACUUAGUGCUGUGAUAACUGAAUUUUACUUGAUCUAUUUUUAUAAGUCUAGUGAAAUUAUAUUUUAAAAAAAAUAUUGGGGUGUAAAUAUGUAAGAAUGAAUUCUUUAUAAAAUACAGCCAUGGGUUUUACUUUGAACAGAAUUCCAGUAGUUGUGUUUUGUGAGAUUACAGCUUCACGUCUUGUAUCAAAUCAAUGUAUAGAAUGUAUUUUAAUGAAUAAAAAUAGGUAGGAAAAUGUGA